AUGCUGCGGUUCUUUGGCCCCUUCAAAGCCAAACUUUCCGAGGCGGACAUUCGAGCAGCAGAAGAGAGUGGCAAAGAGUUCACACUAGGUACCCUUGUCAAGGUUGUGGUGACGGCGGUGAAUAUGUCCCGCGGCACCUUCGAGGUGUCUACUGACCUGAGUGCAGCAGCAGCAGCAGCAACAGCAGAAACAGCAGCAGCAGCAGGAAAUGUGCGCAGCAGCAACCAGCCCAAGACUCUUGCUGUUGGGGCUCUGCUAUCUGGCGAGGAGACGCGAGUGGUGUCUGUACACCAGAACGGCGUGCUGCUGCUGCUGCCGAACUGCCGCAGGGCGGUCUCCAAGCAGCAGCAGGAGCAGCAGCAGCAGCAGCAGCAGCAGCAGAGCAGCAGCAGCAGCAGCAGCAGCGGAGAGGAGGUAAUUGACCCCGCUGUGGUGGCUGCAGCAAAGAAGGCGCAGCAGGCGCUGCAGCAAGAGGGGCAGCAGCUGCGAGACGUCUGCCUGAUUAGCUGCAAGCCAUCUCUUUGCGCCUCGUCCCGCCUGUCCACACCCAGCAGCAGCAGCAGCAGCAGCAGCAGCAGCGGGGGUUGCGGGGCGUCGCGGUACUUCGCGCGGAGCAGCAGCGAGCUGCAGCGGGUGCAUGCAGCAGCAGCGCAGCAGAGUCUGCUGCUGUGGGGCUACGUGAGACAAGCAGCAAACUUCGGAGUCUUUGUUUGUCUUGGGGCUUUGCAUGCACAAGCUGUUUGUCCUUUCCGCCACUUAGCAGCAGACUUUGUGCCUUCGCAGCAGCAGCUGGCGCUGCGGCUGCCUGCGGGGCUGACGGUCAAGGCCGUCUUGCUGCCGCAGCAGCAGCAGCAGCAGCAGCUGCAGCAGCACAUCGUCGAGCUCCGCCCGCAGAAAGUCAACAAAGUCGCCAGGCUGCAGCAAGACGAAGCAGCUCUUGCGGCGCUCGCGCUGCCCACGAUGCAGGGAAUGCUGCAGCAGCGUGCAGCAGCAGCAGCAGCAGCAGCAGCAGCAGUUGAGGAGGCCCCGUGCGUCUGCAGCAGCGCGCUGCGCGCCGGCCGUCUGCUGCGCUGCAGCGUCGAAGCAGCAGCAGCAACAGGGGCCCUCUGCCGUGUUUCUGGCUGCUGCUGUGGGGCUGCAUGCGUUUCUGUGUGGGUUCCCCCGGCUUUCCUCCCCGUAGACCUCCAGGAGCAGCAGCAGCAGCAGCAGCAGGAGUAUGAUUGUCUUGUGGUGGCGGCGGACAGCUGCAGCAAACGCGCCUUCGGCUGCUGCUGCCCAGAGCUGCUGCGGCCGUUCUUGCUGCUGCGGGAAGCCGUGCAGCAGCACGGCAGCAAGCUGCUGCAGUGCAGCGUAGGCGCUGCUGCUGCUGCUGGCGCUGAAGACGAUGAACAGCAACAGCAGCAGCAGCAGCAAGAAAUAACUGUGCGUCUUCAAAAGAAAGGCAAGAAGAAGCAGCAGCAAAACGGGGAAACCGAAGAAGCAGUUUGGCAGUGGCAGACAGAGAGCCUCCCCCCCGCGCUGCUGCAGCUGCUGGAGGAAAGACUGCUGCAGCAGCAGCAGCAGCAGCAGCAGGUGCGGACGGGGUACCUGGCAGCAGACAUGGGUCUGCUUGCAGUUGCUGCAGUUGCUUCUGAAGAGGUGCAGCUGCGGCUUCCUGCUGCUGCUGCUGCGCUUUCUUUGUCAUUUCCUCUUUUCCUGCUGACCAUCUCGCCCAUCAGCAACAACGAGCAGCAGCAGCAGCAGCAGCAGCAGGGGGGGCCCCCCUGCGUGUCUGCUGCUCCAGAGCUUGUGGGGUGCCCCCUUGACCUCUGGGGGCCCCUAGCCCGCGCAGCAGCAACAGCAGGGGGCGCUGCUGCGGGGUCGGGGCCGCUGCUGCAGCAGAUCGAGCAGCAGCAGCUCCUGCUGCAGCCCCUUGUCCAGACUCCGCAAACUGCAGCAGACUUCCAGGUGGGAAGUGUUAUUUGCUGCCAAGUUUUAAAAGUAAAUGCAGCAGCAGCAGUUGCUGCUCUUACCACCCCACACCUGCACGCCACGGUGUACAUACACCCCAGCGACGCGCUGCCCCCUCUCACUGGCGCCCCACAAGACCAGCAGCAGCAGCAGCAGCAGCAGCAGGGGCUGUGGGCCCCUGCACCGCUGUCAGAGCGCGCAGUGCUGCCGGAGUCGCCGUUGCUUUUGCUGCGGCCGAAGCAGCAGCUCUACGUGGUGGUUUUGGCUGUCCACCGCAGCAGCAGCAGCAGCAGCAGCAGCAGCGAAGACGAGGAAGCUGAUGAGGGCCUCAUGGCCUCGCUCAGAAGUCCCCAGAAGGAGAAAAUUAUUAUUAACGGGGGCCUGUUUCAGCUGCCAGCUGCAGCAGCAGCAGCAGCAGCCAAGACGUCUUCGAAGCAGAAGAAAAAGCAGCAGCAGCAGCAGCAGCAGCAGCAGCAGCCAUGUGAAGCAGAGUGGGGCGUUGUGGAGAGGGCGCUGGCAGGCCACAUUUUUGUGAGCUGCGGGUGGAGCAGUCGCAAGGGCCAAGAGGAGCAGCAGCAGCAGCAGCAGCAGCUGCUGCUGCAGCAGCAGCAGCAGCACCCUAGACGGCGAGGCUGCAUCUGCCAGCUAGAUGCCACUUCGGACCGCCAAGGUCUCAAGCUGCUGCAGUCUAUUUUCAAAGAAGGUUCAAUGCUGCUGCUGCGGCAGCUGCCGCUGCUGCGGUGUACAGACACCGCGCUUGCUGCUGCAGCAGCAGAUGCAGCGCCGCCAGCAGCAACGGGAGACGUCCGCCGCUUCCUCGUCGUCGGCCCUUGCUUCACCCCCGAGCAGCAGCAGCAGCUGCUGCUGCAGCGACAGCAGCAGCAGCAGCGCCACAAAUACCAGCAGCAGCAGCAGCAGCAGCACAAGGGGAGGCAGCAAUUCCCCCCCUCUUCGCUGCAGCAAUCCAUUUUGCUGUCGCCACAAAUGACUCCUGCUGCCUGGGCCGCGGUGCCACCAGAGAUCGAGACCGGCGUUUUCGAUUCCAUCAAGGAAGUGCUGCAGGCAGUGCAGCAGUGGCGCUUUCCUGCAGGCCUUUGCUGCGUGGGGCUGGUGCAGCAGCUGCUGCGGCCGCCGUUUGGGGUGUCUGUACAGCUGACGCAGCUGCUGCUGCUGUCGCAGCAGCAGACGCUGGCGCUGCGGCUGCCUCUCCGGGUGUCUGUACACCUAACGGAGCUGACUGACACCUGGAUUGCGCAGCCGCUGCAGCAGCUGCAGCUCGCUGUGGGGCAGCUGGUCAAGGUCAAGCUGCUGCCCCAGCUGCCGCAGCACCAGCUGCAGCAGCAGCAGCAGCAGCAGCACGGGGUCCUCCAGGCCACCAUGAGGCAGCGAGCCAUUGCAGCGCCUGCAGACGCACAAGAGCAGCAGCAAACGAGCUCCGACAGACCGGAAACGAUAGAAGAAAUCCAGAGAGGAGCCAGCUUUCCGGGGCUGGUGGUGUCUAGCGGGAGUUCGGGUGUCUUCGCAGCUCUGAGCCGCAACCUGACAGUGCGGCUGCGGCUGCAGCACCUGGGUGCUGCUGCAGCGCAGCAGCAGCAGCAGCAGCAGCAGCAGGACGGCAAGAGCGGCCUGUUGAGCGUGGAGGAGAUAAGAAGCAAAUUCCCUCCUUGCUCUUUGCUGCAGCACAUUUACAUAACUGCUGUUGACUACACAACGCGCAGAAUUGAGGGCUCUCUGAGCCCCCCAGCAGCAGCAGCAGCAGCAAAAGGGAAGCAGCGGAAGCGAAUGCUGCUGCUGGACCGCUUCCAAGGAGCCCGCGACGCCGCCGCCAGCAGCAGCAGCAGCAGCAGCAGCAGCAGCGACCUGGAGCCGCUUCGCGUGCUGCUGCUGCAGUGUCUCCGGAAAGGACUUGUUCUUGAAGGAAAAGUUCGCGGAAAGGAACCUUAUGGGGUUUUUGUGAGAUUGUCUCUUUUUGAAGAAGACACAGAUGCUGAGGGUCCCGCGCUGGCCUUCCUGCAGCAGCAGCUGCAGCAGCAGCAGCAGCAGGAGGGGGAGGGCGGGGAGGAGCAGCCUUCGAAGAAGCGGAAGACGGGCAAGAAGGCGGCAGCAGCAGCAGCAGCAGCAGCUGCUGCUGCUGCUGCUGCUGCACUGCAGCAGCUGCGGGGCCUGCGGCUUGUUGCUGUUGACGCCCUCUGCCCCAUUUCGCGCCUGGGAGCAGCAGACACAAAAGAAAGAAACAGAAGGCUGCAGCUGCUGCAGCAAGGAGACCUUGUGCAGGCGCGAGUUGUUGCAGUGCAACACAUCACCUGCGAGUCUAGUCCUGCUGCUGCUGCUGCAGACGCAGCAGCAGAUGCAGCAGCAGGCAGCAGCAGGAAGUGGCCCUCCGUCAGAGUGGAGAUCUCGCUCGACCCUGCAGAGCUUCCCCAAAUAGAGGAGCCGCAGCAGCAGCAAGAAGACGCAGCAGCAGCAGCAGCAGCAGCAACAGCAGCGCCAACAACACCACAACCAGCAGCAGCACCAGCAGCAGCACAGGCGGAGAAACAAGCAGCAGCAGCAGCAGCAGCUGACGAGGAAGCAGAUACGGCAGCAACAGGCGCGAGCAGCGACAGCGAAGAAGAAGAGCUGCUGCAGCAGCAGCAGCAGGAACAAGAGACAGUGUGGGGCUGGGAGGAGACUGCUGCAGCCGAUCCCCUGCAGCAAGAAAGCAGCUCUGACGAGGAGGAGACGGAGACAGCAGCAGCAGCAGCAGCAGCAGCAGAAAAGAAAAGCAAAAGAGAGAAACAAAGAAAGCGCCGGGAGAUCCAGGAAAACAUAGAAGCUUUGGAGGAGCAGCAGCAGCAGCAGCAAUGGGCAGAAGAGCCCAAAAGCGAAGCAGACUUUGAGCGUUUGCUGCUGACCCACGGCAACGCCGCUGCUGUUUGGAUCAGCUACAUGGCGUUCUGGUUGCAGCUGCAGGAGCCGCAAAAGGCGCGGAAAGUGGCAGAAAGAGCAGUGCAGCAAAUGGUGUUCAGCAGCGAAGCAGAAAGAGUUGCUGUUUGGAUGGCCUUUUUGAACUUGGAGUGCAACUACGCAGGAAACUUCCAGCAGGUCUUCCGCAGGGCUCUACAGCACUUGGAUGCGAAGCAAGUUUAUUAUCAAACAACUUUUGUGUUGGAGAAAUCCAAGAAAAUCGAAGAAGCCAUUCGAGUUGCUGCUGAGGGCUGCAGCAAGUACCCACAGUCCUGCAAGCUGUGGCUGCGUCUGGUGUCUCUACACUUCGGGGUGUCUGCAAACCCGGAAGGCGCUCGCGAGGAAAUGACAAAAGGAUUAAAAAAACUUCCAAAAAGAAAACAAAUUAAAUUCGUGUGUGCAUGCGCUCGCCUCGAAUACAAACUCGGAGACCCCAAACGGGGCCAGCUGUACUUCGAAAAGCUGCUGUACGAACACCCGAAAGACGUCGGGAUUUGGCAUUUGUACAUCGCGCAGCAGCUGUCGCUGGCGACUCGGGAUCGGGAUCGGAGUUGUGGGGUGGGGGAUCGGGAUCGGGAUCGGAGCUGUGGGGCCGGGGAUCGGGAUCGGGGGAUCGACUUGGGGCCCGUCAGGGGCCUCUUCCAGCGAGCCACGCAGCUGCCGCUGAAGCCUCGCAAGAUGAAGCCGCUGUUUGCUGCUUGGCUAGCUGCUGAAAAGAAGUUCGGCAGCAGCAGCAGCCAGCAGCAAGUGCAGCAGCUAGCCAGGGACUACGUCGCAAAGGUCGAGGCCCAAAUGCUCGACAGGCAGCCCGACAGCUAG